AUGGACAGUAACUCGGUGUCUCCAAUGCCGGAGCUGGCCCCUAUAGCGGAGUUCGAUAAAUCACCGCCAUCGCCGCCUAACGAGGAGGUGCCUAUGGACGACCUGCCGCCGCCACCAGCUACCAUCUCGCAGGCUGAGGGGAAGAAAAUAAAAGUCGCUGUUACAGUUACCUUACCCUACAAACUAGGUACUUCUACGAUAGUCAAGAAAGUCCACGAUAGAUCACCAUCAUCCAUGAAAACAAGCUACCUUGGUAGUAACCAGAUAAAGAAGAAGAAGAAUGUAGAAUAA